UUUAAUUGAUUUUAAAAUUCUGUACUAUAAGAAGAAGAUUUUUAAAGACAAUAUGUGUGAAAAAGCUUUCAUUAUUUUUAUUACUACAUUAAAUUUUAUUUGUUUUAAAUUUGAACUAUUCAAUUAUUAAGGAAUUUCAUUCGUUUUCUUUUUUUUUUUCUCUUUUAGUUUCUUCCAGUUAUCUCCCGUUUUUUUCCCACUUUGUGCAGUAUCCUGGAAGAAAUAGGUUUCUACCUAUUACGAAAUGCCAACCCUGGGAGGACAUGAAAAUAAAACCACCGUCAUUAGUGAAAUAUCAGUUGAUGCACUUUAAAUUAACUUAAUUUUUGACUAUGCGAAUUUAAAUAUCAACUCACUUAAAAUUCUACUUAUUAUGAAAGUGUACAAACUGGGCGCCGAAUAUGGCCAGUUACUAAUAAAUCAAUCUAAAGCUAUCGAUAAGGAAAUAAACAAGCAUUCAAAGUUUUUAUUUUGAGAUAAAACGCCUCAGUUGACAACCAGUACUCAAUUUUUCUUUGUCACGCAAAGCCUUUUUGAGAGAAAAUUGUCAAUUCAUCUUCCUGUCAGUUUCAUUUUUCGAACAUAGCACACAACAACUGUUCUUCGAUGGUUGGAGAAAGCACUGCGCUGAGGAAUCGUUUGCAUGUUGCCCCAGUUGUCACGAAGCUUCUUUCGGGUUGUCAUAAAUGUCUUCUUUGCUUCUAGGCAAAGGAAUUGGAAAGCAACUAUGAAACCACGAUUUCUCAACUUUCGCGAUGAAUAUGUGACUUGAAAUUUUUUUCAAAAAAUUGAGGAUGGAAGAUGAGGAAACAACCUCGCAAAUUGUCACAGAAAAUGAAGGAACCAGUGUUGAGAUAAAAGAUAAUGUUCAAGAAGCUAUUGAUGAUGAAGAUCAAAUAGGCACUUCAUCGGGAGAAGAAUUACCAAAACAACCGAAUAAUAAUACAAGUCUAAUUUAUGAAGUUUCAGAAAACACAAAUACUAGAACAGAUGAGGAACACGAAUCAGAAACUGAUCUUCCUACUUAUGAAAGAGUAUGUUCUGUUCAGUUGGAAGAACCUCCAACUGAGGAAGAAAACCGAGAAGUUAUUGUUGUACCUCAAAAUAUUAACUCUCAACUUUCAACAAUAAAUCCCAAUGCAACUGUUUCGAAUUAUUUUCAAUACAAAAAGCUCAAAACAGAGUUGCCAGACAGCCAUUACAGUUUGAACAAACAACAAGAAGAUAUUACACGAAUCGAAUUCUUUCGGGAAUUUUUCAUAACAUGCUUUUUUCUCGUUGGUGUGUUUGCAUAUGCUAUUUUCGGAGCUUAUCUUUUUUCGAAAUUAGAACAGGAGCGAGAUGUUGAAUACAACGAUCAAAUCGACAAGUGGAAAAAUGACACGGCUAUACUUCUGGCCACUGAACUGCGCCAAGUGAUUCCCCACGAAGAAAUAUGGGCUCGCAAAGUGUUUCAGCAUCUAGAAAUAUUUGAGAGAGAUCUUUUGAAGGCUUCUGCUGUUGGGUAUAAGAGACGGGAGGACAGAAAUGGCUGUCAGAGAUGGAGUCUUGAAAAUUCUUUCGCUUUCUCUAUGUCCUUAAUAACCACAACAGGAUUUGGAGCUAUGACGCCGAGAUCUGAUUGGGGACGUACUGCAGCAGUAUGCUAUAGCCUGAUGGGUGUACCUAUCAUGAUGACUUGCCUAUACAAAUGUGGAUUGUAUUUAGCCAUAUGUUGGAUGUAUCUUUUUCACCUAUCCUGUCCAAUAGACGAUUCUUCAUUGUUACAGCCAAAAAGAAACUCUUACAAUAACUACGUUUCUACAAAAAAGACACUUAAAACUAAAUCACCCAAUGCAGUUGCACCGAUCAUGAAAUCGGCAAACGGCCAUACAAAUCAUGCCGAAAACAGUGCCAGAAAGUUUGCAGUGAAAUUACCAUGCGAGACCCAAGAGAAUCAGAAAAUCGCAUUGUUGAUGGUUGAAAAUAUCAUCCGGCACAAUCCAGAAUACUUCCCUCAUCUUGACGUUUUUUCUUUCACUAAGCAGUUAAGAAACUGUGUUUCAAAGUUAAAUACCACCGAUCCAAAUAAUAUCCGAAGUAAUGGUUGUUGUUACAAGCCAUUUAAAGCUGCAAAAACUAUUAAGAACUCGGUGAAAGGUUUAUCCCGACUGGAACGUGGAAUCGCCAUUGUAUUCGCUCUUCUUUUAUUUGUUCUGUACAUCAUGUGUGGAUCUGUAGUUCAUUUCACCCUGGGUGUACCUGCAGAAGACAGUUUGUAUUUAAAUUAUCUAAUGUUUUCGACACUUGGUUCUGGAUGCCACGUACUAGAUGAUGACAUCACUCAAAUAAUAACAGCUUGGAAAUGGAUGUGGCCAUGCUACCUAUUUUUCGGAUAUUGUAUAUUAGCCAUGAUUUUUCAUCUUUUUCACAUAAUCACAUCAACUGAUUGGUACUUUUGGGACAAAAAAUAUACAAGUCGUAUUGCUUCAUAAAAAAAAAACAUUGAGCGUAUGUGAAUAUUGAUAUUUCUUAAUAAAUAUUUGAAUUCUU